AUGGACUCCACGUUAGCAUCCAAACCGAUCAUCAACGUUGCUGCCAUCUGUGGUUCCACUCGCAAAGCUUCCUUCCAUCAUGGCCUCAUCCGCGCCGCCAUUGAAUUGGCCACCCAAGCGAUCGACGGGAUGUCGAUCGUAAACGUCGACAUAUCGCUGUUACCGAUGCUCAACACAGAUCUCGAAGUCGACGACAAAUUUCCACCGGAGGUCGAAGCAUUUCGUCAGAAGAUUCUUCAAUCUGAAUGUUUCCUCUUUGCUUCUCCUGAGUACAAUUACACGGUCACAGCACCUUUGAAGAACGCAAUCGAUUGGGCAUCUAGACCACCGAACGUGUUUGCCGAUAAGGGUGCUGCUAUUGUUAGUGCCGGAGGUGGGUUUGGCGGAGGGUUGGCACAGUAUAGUCUCCGGCAAAAUGGUGUUUUCCUUGAUCUUCAUUUCAUUAAUAAGCCAGAGUUUUUCCUCAAGGCGUUUGAAGGUCCUCCCAAGUUCGACGAUGAAGGUAAUCUAAUAGAUACUGAGGCUAAAGAGAGUCUAAAAUCUGUUCUUUUGGCGCUGAAAGCUUUCACGUUGAGACUUCGAGGCAAGUAA